UUUGGUGACGAGGCGGUUCGCGCGCUGCUGCUCCACCCCCAGGUGUCGCGGGCCGGUUUAAAUAGUGUGCAGGACGAAGGACGACAUCAUCAUCGUCACUCCGUUCACCUGACAUGAUAUUCUCAUCUCCCUGCAGCCGAGCCUCCAUCCUGCACUGAGGGCUGAAGCGCUGCACGCAGGCCAGAGGUCAAUCAGAGGUCAGAGGUCAACCCGAGUCCCAUCAUCGUACCAGAGGCUCACCCAGUCGCCUGUGACAAUCCAGACGCCAGCUUCGAACUACCAGCGAUCGACUCUGCCGACUCCGCCGGCGUGAAUCAUUCAACCACUGACGGUGACAUUUCAAACAUGGCUGACCCGGCUGCCGACGACAGCAAGUACCUCUUCCUGGGAAAUGACUUCCGCAACAGCGGGGUGGCGCAAGCUGACUGGGCCGCCAAGAAGAUGGUGUGGGUGCCGUCAGAGAGAGAGGGCUUCGAGCCGGCCAGCAUCAAGGAGGAUAAGGGUGACCAGGUGCUGGUGGAGCUCUCCAACGGCCAGAAGGUGACGGUGAACAAAGACGACAUCCAGAAGAUGAACCCGCCCAAGUUCAGCAAGGUGGAGGACAUGGCCGCCCUCACCUUCCUCAACGAAGCCUCCGUCCUCCACAACCUGCGAGAGCGAUACUUCUCCAGCCUGAUCUAUACGUACUCCGGUCUGUUCUGCGUGGUGGUGAAUCCCUACAAGAUGCUGCCCAUCUACUCUGAAAAGAUCAUCGAGAUGUACAAGGGCAAGAAGCGUCACGAGGUGCCGCCGCACAUCUACUCCAUCACAGACAACGCCUACAGGAACAUGAUGCAAGACCGUGAGGAUCAGUCUAUUCUCUGCACAGGUGAGUCUGGAGCGGGGAAGACAGAAAACACCAAGAAGGUGAUUCAGUACUUGGCUGUCGUCGCUUCCUCACACAAGGGCAAGAAGGAAGUGAACCCUCAGCAGCAGCAGCAGGGAGGAUCUCUGGCCUAUGGGGAGCUAGAGAAGCAGCUCCUGCAGGCUAAUCCCAUCCUGGAAGCAUUUGGAAACGCCAAAACCAUCAAGAAUGACAACUCCUCGCGAUUUGGCAAGUUCAUCAAACUCAACUUUGAUGUGACCGGCUACAUUGUUGGUGCCAAUAUUGACACCUACCUGCUGGAGAAGUCUCGCUGUAUUCGUCAGGCCAACACUGAGAGAGCCUUUCACAUCUUCUAUUACAUGGUGGCAGGAGCCAAGGACAAGAUGAGGGAGGAGCUUCUGCUGGAGGACUUCAGCGGCUAUCGUUUCCUGGUUGCGGGUCACGUGGAGAUUCCCGGUCAGGAGGACGACGUGAUGUUUGAUGAAACUCUGGACGCCAUGGAGAUCAUGGGCUUCACUGAGGAGGAGAGAAUAGGGAUGUUGAAGGUUGUGUCCACUGUGCUCCAACUGGGCAACAUCAAGUUUGAGAAGGAGAGGAACAGCGAGCAGGCGACCAUGCCGGACAACACCGCUGCUCAGAAGGUGUGUCACCUGCAGGGCAUCAAUGUGACCGACUUCACCCGCGCCAUCCUCACCCCUCGAAUCAAAGUGGGCAGGGAGGUGGUGCAGAAGGCGCAGACCAAGCAGCAGGCUGAUUUUGCAGUGGAGGCUCUGGCUAAGGCCAUGUAUGAGCGCCUGUUUCGUUGGAUCCUGGCCCGAGUCAACAAGACACUGGACAAGAGUAAGAGACAGGCGUCCUCCUUCCUGGGCAUCCUGGACAUUGCUGGCUUUGAGAUUUUUGAGGACAACUCCUUCGAGCAGCUGUGCAUCAACUACACCAACGAGCGCCUACAGCAGCUCUUCAACCACACCAUGUUCAUCCUGGAGCAGGAGGAGUACAAGAGGGAGGGCAUCGAGUGGAACUUCAUCGACUUCGGCCUCGACCUGCUGCCCUGCAUCGAGCUCAUCGAGAGGCCGAACAACCCUCCAGGCAUCCUGGCCCUGCUGGACGAGGAGUGCUGGUUCCCCAAAGCCACUGACGUGUCCUUUGUGGACAAGCUGCUGAACACCCACACUGGCCACGUGAAGUUCUCCAAACCCAAACAGCACAAGGACAAACUGAUGUUCAGUAUUCUGCACUACGCGGGGAAGGUGGACUAUAAUGCGGCUAACUGGCUGACGAAGAACAUGGAUCCUCUGAAUGACAAUGUGACCGCUCUGCUCAACAACUCGUCCAGCAACUUCGUGCAGGACCUGUGGAAAGACGCGGAUCGAGUGGUGGGUCUGGAGACCAUGACCAAGAUGUCAGAGAGUUCGGCGCCCACCUCCACUAAAUCCAAGAAGGGUAUGUUCCGCACGGUGGGUCAGCUGUACAAGGAGUCGCUGAGCAAACUGAUGACCACUCUGAACAACACGCAGCCCAACUUCGUCCGCUGCAUCAUCCCCAACCACGAGAAGAGGGCUGGGAAGAUGGACGCCAACCUGGUGCUGGAGCAGCUCAGGUGUAACGGCGUGCUGGAGGGCAUCCGAAUCUGCAGACAGGGUUUCCCCAACCGCAUCGUGUUCCAGGAGUUCAGGCAGAGAUAUGAGAUUCUGGCUGCUAACGCCAUCCCGAAGGGCUUCAUGGAUGGGAAGCAGGCCUGCUGUCUGAUGGUAAAGCACCUGGAUCUGGAUACCAACCUGUAUCGGAUUGGUCAGAGUAAGAUGUUCUUCAGGACUGGAGUUUUGGCUCAGCUGGAGGAGGAGAGAGACCUCAAGCUGACCGUCAUCAUCAUCGCCUUCCAGGGACAAGCAAGAGGCUUCCUGGCCCGCAAGGCCUUCAGUAAACGUCAGCAGCAGCUGAGCGCCAUGAAGGUCAUCCAGAGGAACUGCGCCUGUUACCUCAAGCUCAAGAACUGGCAGUGGUGGAGGCUCUUCACCAAGGUGAAGCCUCUGCUGCAGGUCACCAGACAAGAAGAAGAAAUGGGUCAGAAAGAGGAGGAACUAAAGGCUGCAAGGGAGGUGGCAGCCAAGACGGAGGCUGAACUGAAGGACAUUUCCCAGAAACACACGCAGCUGAUGGAGGAGCGAGUCCAGCUGGAGAUGAAGCUUCAGGCAGAGACGGAGCUGUGCGCCGAGGCUGAGGAGAUGAGGGUGCGGCUGGAGGCCAAGAAGCAGGAGCUGGAGGAGGUGCUGCACGAGAUGGAGGCCCGGCUGGAGGAGGAGGAGGAGCGCAGCCUGACCCUGCAGCAUGAGAAGAAGGACAUGGAGCAGCAGCUACAGCUCAUGGAGGCCCACAUAGCAGAGGAGGAAGACGCUCGGCAGAAGCUGCAGCUGGAAAAAAACGGUGUGGAGGGAAAAGUCAAGAAACUGGAAGAGGACGUCCUGUUCAUGGAGGACCAAAAUAACAAGCUGCAGAAGGAGCGGAAGCUUCUGGAGGAGAGGAUGGCUGACAUGAGCUCAAACCUGGCAGAGGAGGAGGAGAAGUCCAAGAACCUGACCAAGCUCAAGGCCAAACAUGAGUCCAUGAUCUCCGAGCUGGAGGUGCGUAUGAAGAAGGAAGAGAAAGGUCGCCAGGACACGGAGAAGGCCAAGAGGAAGGUGGAGGCCGAGCUGGCCGAGCUCCAGGAGCAGAAUGCAGACCUGCAGGCCCAGCAAGCCGAGCUCCGAGCCCAGCAGGCCGCUAAGGAAGAGGAGCUCCAGGCCACACAGGCCCGGUUGGAGGAAGAGAGCAAUCAGCGAGGGUCGGCGGUGAAGCGGGUUCGGGAGAUGGAGACUGUGCUUUCAGAGCUGCAGGAGGACUUGGAGGCAGAGAGGACGGCCAGGGGGAAGGCGGAGGCAGCUCGACGGGACCUCGGAGAGGAGCUGAAUGCUCUACGCAGUGAGCUAGAGGACAGCCUCGACACCACCGCCGCUCAGCAAGAGCUACGGGCAAAGCGUGAACAGGAGGUGGCCAUGCUGAAGAAGGCCAUGGAGGAGGAGGGACGUAGCCACGAGGCCCAGAUCCAGGACCUGAGACAGAAACAUAGUCAGGCUGUGGAGGAGCUCAGUGAGCAGCUGGAGCAGGGCAAGAGGGUGAGAGCUGGUCUGGAGAAGGCCAAGCAGGCUCUGGAGAAAGAGUCAGCAGACCUGAGCGCUGACCUGCGAUCUCUCGCCAGCGCAAAACAGGACGUAGAGCACAAGAAGAAGAAGGUGGAGGGUCAGCUGAACGACCUGCACUCACGCUUCAACGAGAGCGAGCGACAGAGGACCGAACUGGGGGAACGAGUGUCCAAGAUGACGGUGGAGCUGGACAACGUGACGAGUCUGUUGAACGAGGCGGAGGGAAAGAACAUUAAGCUGAGUAAAGACGUCUCCACUCUGACCUCUCAGCUCCAGGACACUCAGGAGCUGCUGUCCGAGGAAACCCGACAGAAGUUGAAUCUGUCCGGACGUCUGCGUCAGAUGGAGGAGGACAGGAACAGCCUGAUGGAGCAGCUGGAGGAGGAGACUGAGGCCAAAAGGGCUGUGGAGAGGCAGGUGUCUGGCCUCAACAUGCAGGUGUCCGACUACAAGAAGAAGCUGGACGAGACGUCAGGGAUGGUGGAGCUGCUGGAGGAGGGGAAGAAGCGGCUGCAGCGUGACCUGGAGGCAGCCAACAGCGAGUACGAGGAGAAGGCAUCGGCCUACGACAAGCUGGAGAAGAGCCGGAGUCGGCUUCAGCAGGAGCUGGAGGACGUCCUCAUGGACCUGGACAGCCAGCGUCAACUUGUCUCCAAUCUGGAGAAGAAGCAGAAGAAGUUUGAUCAGAUGCUGGCAGAGGAGCGUGCAGUGUCCAGUAAGUUUGCAGAAGAGCGGGAUCGAGCAGAGGCGGAGGCCCGGGAGAAGGAGACGCGGGUGUUAGCUCUGUCCAGAGCACUGGAUGACAGCCAGAAUGCUUUGGAGGAGGCGGAGAAGAACAUGAAGGCCCUCCGAGCUGAGAUGGAGGAUCUCAUCAGCUCCAAGGAUGACGUGGGAAAGAGCGUCCACGACCUGGAGAAGGCCAAGCGUGGCCUGGAGGCCAUCGUGGAGGAGAUGAGAACGCAGAUGGAGGAGCUGGAGGAUGAGCUGCAGGUCGCUGAGGACGCCAAGCUGCGCCUGGAGGUCAACACUCAGGCCCUGAAAGCUCAACAUGAGAGGGAGCUGCAUGCCCGUGAUGAGAUGGGCGAGGAGAAAAGGAAGCAGCUCCUCAAACAGGUGCGUGAACUGGAGGCGGAGCUGGAGGAGGAGAGGAAGCAGCGAAGUCAAGCGUCAGGCGGAAAGAAGAAGCUGGAGGGCGAGCUGAAGGACAUGGAGGACCAGCUGGAGGCCACCAGCAGGGGGCGUGACGAGGCAGUCAAGCAGCUCCGUAAGAUCCAGGGCCAGGUGAAGGAUCUCCAGAGGGAGCUGGAGGACUCGCGUGCAGCCCAGAAGGAGGCGUUGACCUCAGCCAGGGAGUCUGAGCGCAGAUCCAAGGCCAUGGAGGCCGACGUCGCCCAGCUGCACGAGAUGUUGGCAGCAGCUGAGAGAGCUCGUAAGCAGGCAGAGACAGAAAGAGACGAGCUGUCUGAAGAACUGGCCAGUAACUCCUCUGGAAAAUCAUUGCUGUCUGAUGAGAAGCGUCGUCUGGACACUAAGAUCAGCCAACUGGAGGAGGAGCUGGAGGAAGAGCAGGCCAAUGUGGAGACUCUCAACGACCGGCUGAGGAAGAGCCAGCAGCUGGUGGACCAGCUGGGCGCCGAGCUGGCGGCAGAGAGGUCUUCCUCUCAGAGCAAGGAGGGAUCCAGGCAGCAGCUGGAGAGACAAGCCCGAGAGCUGAAGGCCAAACUGCAGGAGAUCGAAGGCCAGGGCCGAUCGAAGCUCAAGUCCUCCAUCGCCGCCCUGGAGGCCAAACUCAGGGAGGUCGAAGAGCAGCUGGAGAUGGAGAGCAGGGAGCGUCAGGCCAACGCCAAGAAUCUGCGUCAGAAAGAGAAGAAACUGAAGGAUUUGACCAUCCAGAUGGAGGAUGAGAGGAAGCAGGCGCAGCAAUACAAAGACCAGGCGGAGAAGGGCAACGUGCGGGUGAAGCAGCUGAAGCAUCAGCUGGAGGAGGCGGAGGAGGAGGCCCAGCGCAUGGCAGCAGCCCGCAGGAAACUGCAGAGGGAGCUGGAGGAGGCGAGCGAGGCCAACGACACCCUGAGCAGAGAGGUGGCUUCACUCAGGAGCAAACUGAGGCGUGGCGGUGGCGGCGGUGGGGAGGCGGCGUUCAGCAGCCCCAGUCCCCGGAGCAGCGGCGGCGGGAGCAGCAGCAUGAGGAGCUUGGGGCUGGGAGGGAGCCUCAGCCGGAGGAGCACCAUCAAGGAGAACUCAGUGGAGCUGCAGGAGGAGGAGCCACGCUCCCCGUCUCCCCCUGCCUGCAGCUCCCCUCCCGAGCCCCGCGGGGAGGCCUACAGCUACUCCCCCGAGGAGUAGAGUGACCACAGUGAUUGGAGUCCACCCGAGUAAAAAGCUGUUCCAGAAAUGUUUUUAGACUUUUCAUUUGAAUUCAAACCUUUGUUUUAACGCAAACGUUCCUGAACACAGAAACACAGACGGACAUUUUAACAACACUGUGGAUUUACUUCAUGACUGAAGCAGUAAGCCCACAGCGUUUAAAUGCUCCAACAGACUAACCCUCCGCUUCACUCCUUCAGUUUGAAUCGUAAUCAUCCAGAGUUUCAGUGGAUAGUUUUAGUGUCUGCUGUGUUGAACUGUUGGCAGCUUCAGUACCAAACAAAAAGUUAAACACAUCAACAACAAACCAAACUUUUCUGGUCCAUAAUUUUCCUCCUUCCUCUUUGCAAGUCAUAUCCUGCUCGCCUUUGUUUUUAAUCUCCCCUUCUUAGAUGAAUAUAUUACAUUUAAAAGGAGCAAACAUGCACCCGACGCUGAUGGAGCGUCGGGUGAAGUUUUUCUGGAGCAUCGCAGCAUUCUGCUAAACAACUGAAGAAGCUGGAGAUCUGACGCAAAACCCAAGACUCCAGAACCCCGAGAUCCCAGAUUGGUUUGAAAAGACGUUUUUAAAGCUGAAAUCUUCACUGUAGCUGCCGACUUGUGAGCACGAAGGAGGAGGUUUGAAUACAACAGACUUCACUGAAGUUUACAAAGUGAAAUCGCUGCAAAAUGACCUCCAAAAUAAAACCUCCAGAAUCUGAUUCCCAGCUUAAAUCUUUCACGGUUUUGUGAAGCAAAGAAAAAGAAGGUCGUGGAUUAAUAUGCUAAAUAAGUUAUAUAAACUGAAUAUUUGGAUUUAUUUAUAUUACAGGUAGUUCCAGUAUUUGCCGUAUUUAAAGUUGUUCUCGCCGCAGAGUGUGCUGUUAGGGGUUUGAAAGACCCACACGCUGGUUGAACGAAACUCUGACCUGUUAUGAAGGGAUUUCCAGAAUUUUCUAACUAAAGUAAAGAUUUACAAACUGCUUCUCAAGAUUUGAAUAUUAAAUAUAAUAAAGAUGUAUUAAAAAGUAAAAUAUUGGAAAAGGAUUCUGGAAAAAACUUCAGAGCAGCAGGAAGUUUGGUUAAAUGAGUGUCUGGGUUCUUCCAGUUUUACCCAUAAUGCAUUUCCCCAGAGAAUCUGUUUAUUGGAAGUUGAACCCAGCUGUUGUAUAUUCAUUUUUGAGAUUAGGCCGUGUGAUUUAAACCUCACAGAUACACGAUAUGAAUCAUAAUAAAAGUGCUUUGUGAACCAGUUAAGUGCCAAUAAACUGCUACUAAAUCCUCAGCAGCGUGUCGC